CUUGGCAGUUGGAUGCCAAGCCGUACUAACGUGAACACCACGAUUAUAUAAAUGUCAUAUGUAUAUACAAAAAAAUAUAUUCAAUAACAAAUUAAAAUGAUUCAAAAACUAUUAAUUUGCUUGUUAGUGAUUCACGUCUCGGAUUAUUCAUUCGCACAAAAAUGCGACAGCUGUAUGUUGCUCCGUCAGUGUCCCGAAGCGUUGAAAUUAGCGUCCAACACAGAUCCCGCAGCAAAACAAAGGCUUAAAGAAGCAGUGUGCGGAAUUAAAACCGUGGAUGGCAAACGGCAUCCUAUGAUUUGCUGUUCCCGCUUCAUCACCGUAUCUGAAAGAUUUGCAGAAACUGAAACAGACAUCGAAACACACGAGAACAUCGCACUGUUACCUGAAAAAUGCGGUGGAAUCAAUGGAGACCGAAUCAUCGGAGGUCUUUAUGCCAACCUCUAUGAGUUUCCAUGGAUGGCGCUUAUCUCUUAUGUUAUUGGGAAAAAUAAUGGUAAAAAACAAACUCAAUUCCAAUGUGGAGGGACAAUUAUAAACUCUAGAUAUGUUUUGACUGCUGCACACUGUGUCGAGUCUAAAACAAUAGCUGGAGUACGCGUCGGUGAAUUCAAUAUAUAUACACCAGAAGAUUGCCAAGGAGAAUAUCCACAGUAUCUCUGCGAGAGUCAUAUUCAGGAUAUUGCUGUAGCUAAAUCAAUUCCUCAUGAGGACUUUAAAAUACUGCCUAACGUACAAAAUGAUAUCGCUCUUCUCCGCCUCAAGGUGCCAAUUGACUUUUCAUUUAAAAACGUCGCACCGGUCUGUCUACCGAUAUUUAAUGAACUGAGAAACAUAAGCCUUGAUGGAAAACAAGCUACUGUUGCUGGAUGGGGAAUUACCGAGUUCGAUCGAGCAUCUUCCGUUCUUCGAAAAGUUAAUAUACCAAUAAAGACUGAUAAUGAAUGCCGACAAUACUAUGACAGAAACUCUGACGCUCGUUAUACUAUUCACAAGAAAUUAUGCGCUGGUGAGACGGGUAAAGACUCCUGCAGAGGCGACUCUGGUGGUCCACUUAUGUUAGAAGAGGAAUACAAAAACAACUAUCGGAUGAUUCAGUUCGGCGUCGUGUCUUAUGGACCUCAACAAUGUGGUUCUUCUACCCCAGGAGUAUACACCGAUGUUAGGCAAUACAUGAAAUGGAUAUUGGAUAACAUUGAACCCUAAAGUAACACCCAUAACAAUAACAUUGUGUUUAUUAUAAGAUGUAGCAUGUAACAUUUAUUUUCACAAAACAU